UUGGCCAAGUGCAGACCGGGCACGUUAUUAGGGCGAUAAUUUGGAUACUGGACACACGUUGAACUCGACUUAAUUAUAAUUACUCAUCUCCCAUCCUAAUUAUUAACUAUACCUAUUAACCGUCAUAGGUGCAGCUUUAGUGUCACCGCUGUUGCAAGUUUCCUACUUCAUUAGUCCAGUCAUGAAUCUAGUUUAAUUGGGCAUGAAACGUUCGCCAUGGAGAGUGAAAGUAGUUAGGUUUACGUGCAACAUGAAUACAGAUGUAACAUUAUACUACUAAGUAAUUGAAAUACUAAUUUUAGAUGUUCAUAUUAUUGCAGCUGUAUGCGGAAUAUUCUGAUUGAAGCCAAUAAUACUUUAAAAAUGCAAGAAAAAUCUACAGGCUUAAUGAACGCUCUGUUAACUCUGCCACAGAAACUCUUAAGUGAACCGAUGAUCUUGUUACGUUUCUCGAAUCACAAAGAAAUAUCUAAGUGUAAGCUAUAGCUAUCUACUAUUUAAACUGCAUUUAAAUUUAAUGUUUUCUAUUCGUGAUGACAUCAGUCAGUCCCACGAGAAGAUACAUGUUGUGAUCCGAAACAGAAGACGUGUUAGACAUAGCAGUGAAAGAUGGCUGCAGGUUGUACUGACUGAAACCGUUCAUCAUUAAGGCCACUUCUGUUUUCUUCAAAGUCAAUCCCUGUGUGAAGCCAGUCAACAUGUUGUGCUACGCAUUGCUGCAAGCACACGAUGUGGUCGCCCACGAAAUCUACGGGGAAGACGCCGUACGCGUCACACCGCCUCCCCUGAUGCCUUACCUAAACGGCGGAGACGACCUCGAGGGUCCCAAUGGUGACGUCGAGAUGGAGAACGUGACUCGGGUCAGACUCGUGCAGUUCCAGAAGAACACGGACGAACCGAUGGGCAUCACGCUCAAGAUGAACGAGGAGGGCAAGUGCAUCGUAGCUAGGAUCAUGCAUGGAGGCAUGAUCCAUCGACAAGCUACGUUACAUGUCGGCGAUGAGAUACGAGAAAUCAAUGGUGUGCCUGUUGCCAACCAAUCCGUUAAUGCCUUACAGAAGAUUCUGCGUGAGGCGCGGGGUUCAGUGACUUUCAAGAUAGUACCAUCAUACCGCAGUGCGCCACCCCCCUGUGAGUUGUUCAGGAUUAGGCCUCUUCCAGUGUUAAUAUUUGUGCGUGCUCAAUUUGAUUAUGACCCCUUGGAUGAUGACUUGAUCCCUUGUGCACAAGCUGGCAUCGCUUUCAAGACUGGAGAUAUUCUUCAAAUAAUAAGUAAAGAUGACCAUAACUGGUGGCAGGCGAGGAAAGACAAUGCUGCAGGUUCAGCUGGUCUUAUUCCCUCACCUGAGCUACAGGAGUGGCGGACAGCCUGCAUGGCCAUGGAGAAAAGUAAGCAGGAACAAGUAAAUUGCUCAAUCUUCGGACGCAAGAAGAAACAAUACAAAGAUAAAUAUCUGGCAAAACACAAUGCAGUUUUUGACCAGUUAGAUUUAGUUACGUAUGAAGAAGUUGUCAAACUGCCAUUGUCUGAUCCAGCAUUCCAGAGGAAGACCCUAGUGCUUCUAGGAGCACAUGGAGUUGGCAGAAGACACAUAAAAAACACACUUAUAGCAAAAAAUCCUGACAAGUAUGCAUACCCCAUCCCACAUACAACGAGACCACCACGAAAUGAUGAAGAGAAUGGAAGGAAUUAUUAUUUUGUAUCACAUGAUGAAAUGAUGGCUGAUAUUGCAGCAAAUGAGUAUUUGGAAUAUGGAACUCAUGAAGAUGCUAUGUAUGGUACAAAGCUAGAGACAAUCAGGAAAAUCCACCAGGAGGGACGGAUGGCCAUUUUAGAUGUGGAACCUCAAGCACUCAAAGUGUUGCGGACAGCAGAAUUUGCACCCUAUGUCGUGUUCAUUGCUGCACCAGUAUUACAGAAUUUAGCAGAUUAUGAUGGGAGCCUGGAGCGUCUAGCAAAGGAAUCAGAUCUUCUUCGGCAAGCCUAUGGUCACUUCUUUGACCUCACCAUCGUCAACAAUGAUAUUGAAGAGACAAUUGCUGCAUUAGAGAAGGCUAUAGAACGAGUGCAUACCACACCUCAGUGGAUACCUGUAUCCUGGGUCUACUGACAGAAAAUGCCAUCAGGCUCCACUGCUUCGCUCAAAUAGGGAGUCAGAGUAAUAUACAUACCAUCCAUGGAAGCAAGAGGCUGUACCAUCUCAGUGAGUUACCAACAGAUACUGCUGGAACAUGAUGCUUUGCUCAAAUGGCACAUAUGGGGAGAAAUUUUCCACCCUGAAGCACAUGUUCAUUGUCUUCACUUAUGAGUGCUACCAGGUACACGGUAUUCUUUUCCAGUCACUCAAAUCGAUUUAUGGCUUGGCUGGCAGAUGAGGAACCUUGUGUCCAUUGCUGCUGAUGGAAUCUACUGCCAGAACCCCUCACUUGCCAGAGACUUUGUGUUUAUCGGUUGACUGAUGGGAUUAGGACAAGAAGGACUGUUGGAACAUAUGAUUCUAUUACAUAUUAUAUAAACUUUGCCUUAAUCUGCAUUUUUAACUCCAGUAUGUCUUGGCUUCAUUACCUAGCAGUAAAACAAUUUAACGUAAACAUGAUGGAUCUGCAAUUUUUAAAUUCCAUACAAAAACAGACCGACUAACCUUCAGUAAUAAAACAUAAGUUUUUGAUCUUCAUUAUCAACACCAUGGUCCAAGUCACAUUUGUAGAUUGUCAAUAAAUACUGCAACCAGAUAUAUAUUAUAUAAUGCACAAAAAAAACAGUUUAUUUAUUAUUUACUUGUGAUGCAAGUGAACUGAAGAGUAACAGAAGAGGAAUAGCGAAAGGUGACAACAGUGGGUUUCUUGCUAUCAGCAACAAGAAAAUAAGAUCAGCUAUUAUACAAACGCACAAUACAUCUUGGGACGAAGACAAAUCUGUAAACUGUAUUGCACAACGAUAACAGAGCUUUCGUUCAUUAUUCAAAGCGUUCCACACAGAUUUGAUAGAAAGAACUGAAUUUAAUGGGAAGGUGUAUUUUUGUUAUAAACUACACAUGUAGACUGGCCAAAUAGUGAAAUCACAUAUGUGAUACAAAUUUAAAUAAUUAUAUGUAUGAAAGACUGUUAUGGACUAGCAAGUGAAUUUGGAGCUAGGUGGCUGGCAAGUUGUGUGGAAUGUUACAUUUGGGUCAUCAGUGAUGUUGGCUGUGAGUUGAGUGUUAGUAUGAUGCUUCUUGAGGGAAAAUAAAGUAGUGGAAAACCCAGAUACAUAUAGCGAAGUGUAGUUUGUCAUAAGGGGAGCCAAGUAACAGUGUGUUUUGUGAGAUCAUUAAAAAUGACAAAUAAAAAUGAUUUAAAUCUAAGUUAAAAUAAAAGAAUACCUGAACUAAUAUGAAGAUACUUGAAGCAUAAAUAAUGAUUUACAUCUCUCGAUAACUUCCAUUAAUAAUACAAUAAAGCAAGUAUUCCUACCUAUUCUAAUUAAUAAGAAUUAAAAUAGCUCCAAAUAAAUAGAAUCAAUGAACAGUAUGGAAUGAAUCAAGAGACAUGUGUUGUCAAUGAUUUAGUCAGAAAAAUAAGAGCAAAAACAAAAUAGAUUUGUAUGUGUGCAUGUGUGUGCAGUUUCUGUAUUAUCCUACGUAACACAUAGGUUAAUUCAGGUUAACAGUGGUUUUAUACAUGCUCCAGUGAUGUCAACCAUUAGAUAACAGCUGGAAUUAGAACGUUAGAAUACACAUAAUGGAGUCAGUGUUUAUUUUUUUUUCCUUCCUGCAUCUUACAUCUUGUGCAUUCCUGUUGUCGACCAGAAUGACUGAGCAGCGCCGAAGUGAAUUAAUGAUGCAGUGGCUUAGAAUAACGCAUUUGCAAGUUAUUUGAGUAUUCAGGAAACUAAACUGUAGAGUUACAUAUCAGGGGUUCAUGUAAUUCAGGGAUGUUUCCAUCAUUCAAGACAACUAUGGAGCCAUGAGUGUGCCAUAUUGUUGUUUGGAAACUGAUGCUUAUUCUGCAUGCCUAUGGGAACAUCUAGAAGUCAGUUAAGUAAGUUACAUACUGUCCUUCGACUUCUGGAAGUGCCUAUUUGUUGCCACACAUUUCUCUAUAAAAACCUACUCCCACUUUCCAGCUGAAAAACACAUUUUAAAUAAUUCACAAUUGUGUCAUUAUCUUUUUGUUACUCUAAUCAUAUGAACUGGCUGCAUUUCCUCCUUCAUGAAACUGUGACAGAAAUCUUCUCUCUGAUGAAGUCAGUACCAAGAAUGUGUGCCAUUAACAGACAUGUUUUGGGUGGAGCUGAGUAUACUUAUAAACAAAGUUACCGCCUUGUCAGUUAUUUUUAUUUUAUAUGUGAAAAAAUCAGCAUUUUAUGAUGUAAAGGGAAGAACCCCCAACAAUUUUGCAGUUGAUGCACUUUAAACAUUGUUUCAGGUAGCUUUUUACUUGUGUGCCCACUAUUCCUGUUUCUUGAAGCCUCUGCUUUUGAUGAACCAUUGUUGUUAUGUCAUAUCCAGUAACUGUUUUGCUAUUGCUGUAGCAGAGCUUAUGCUAGAAUGCAUGAUGUAAGUACAGUAUGGCAGCUUGGUAAACUGAACUUCAUUUGGAAUGUUACUUCUUGAUGGAGUUUUGUCUCCUGCUAAUUAUAGAAAAUUGGCCUUUCUUAUAUCAUACCUUUCACUUUCACACACUAGGUCUUCUCAGUCUAUUUCAGUCUUCACUAGCCAUUCAUUGGUAACAAUUUCCAGUGGUGGACAUUUCCCUUUCUAUGGUCCAUUAUAUGUGAAAUAGUGCAAGCAGAAGACAUAGUUGUAGGAAGUGGGAUGUCUCAUGCCGAAGACUUUAACAGACACAUGAAGUAACAUAAAAGGCCCUUCAUGUACAUCUCAUUUUUGCAUAAGAAAUUAAACUAGUACAAUUAAAACAAAUUUAACUUAUUUUCCGAGCAAUCCACUCAUAAGUAUGUCAGGCCUACCCAAAUGUAUAUCACAGCAAAUGUGAGACAGUUUCAAAUCAAACAUUUUCAUAGAAGUACAAUAUUUACAAGGCAGACAUAGAAAUACUUGAUGCAAAUAACUUACCCUAUUUGGAAUACAUACUUAAUGAUACAGUCUCUUGCAUUUAUUUUUUUGUUUGUGAUUUAUUUUACACCUGUCAGUAUUGAGUGACAGGAUAAUUGGUGAAUAAUGAACUGUAAGGAUUUGGAAGGAAAUGGUCAUGGCCUAAUUGAGGUACUAUCCUGGAAUUUUCCUGGAGGAACUGAGGAAAAUCACACUAAACCUCAGGAUACCUGGUGCCUCAGUUUAGAUUUGAACCAAGCCUGAAUACAAGCCUAGCAUUACUGCUUGAGCUAACUUGCUCAGCCACUUGUAUUUAUUAUCUACACAGUGUAGAAAGGAAAUUGUAGUUAAUUUGUUGGAACACAUGUCUAAUAUACAUAUGUUGCUGAAUAAAAGAAAACACAAAACAGUACAAAUUAUUUUGUUACUGUACAUGUGGGCCUAUUUCAUGUCUUCAUAACUUUCUGUAGACCCCAUAUCUGAAAUUUCAUAUAUUUUCAUGAGAUUUUAACUGAAAUAUUUUACAUUUUCACAUUUGUUUUAUGUACUGCUUUAAUGCAUUCUGGGUUUAUAUAAUUUAAUAAACACUAUCAAAUUAUAACACAAACUAAUAUGUAUUUACUCAACACCCUGACAUGUUUCAACUCUCAGAAAGUCAAUAUCAGUGUGAUCAAUUAGCCAAAAUGUGUAGUACAAUCAUACAAUACUUCUACAAUAUUGUCAGUUCAUCCUAAAGCUUUGUAAUACAAUUAGAAAUAAAUAUGUCUCUAAUUUUCUUAGUGAGUAUAUAGAGAUCAACAGUAUCCAUAAGAGAAAAACAGUCAACUUUGUUGUUGAAAAUGUUAAUAAGAAAUGAACCAUCAAUAUUUUGAAGCCUAGAAUAAAGUGUUUUAAAAUGUAAAUAAUUCUACACUGACUCAUAAUUACAAAGAGAGCUUGACUGAUUUGCAAAUUUCCUUUGUAUGUUUUCGAUUUUAUUUGACUCUGCUAAAGUGAGGUUGUUUAAGAUAAUAAUAACAGCAUAUACAACAAUUGAAGAAAAACCUAUGAUGUAUGGCUUACACAUUAUAAAAUAAGAAUUUUAAUGCCUCUAAAAAUUUAAGCUGUCAGUGUACGAAACGUGCUAUAAUUUGUACCAUACUUAUUUUCAGUUAUAAUAGGAUGAACUGACAAUCUUAUAGAAACAUUGAGUGCUAAUAAAACACCCCUGAUGAUGACUGAGAAUCAAAAUAUGUCAGGGCACUGAAUAAAUAAAUAUUAUUUUAUGUUGUAAUAUAAUGGCAUUUAGUGAAUUCUAUGAAUUCAUGAAACAUCAUUUGGAACAUCAGAUCCAUCAGCCCCUUUAAACAUGAAUUCUUCUGCAUUUUGAUUCCCAGUGUGACUUUGUGGUCAUGUUCCUUUUUAUAGGUACAGGCUUUUUAUAUUUCAUACUUCAUGUAAGUUUUAACUUAUGUUGAACUUUCUUCCUCUUGCUGUGUUCCUGUUUUACAUAUACAGAUGUGAAUAUUAUUCAGAUAUUUUGAACUUACAAGAAGCGUCAGAGCUAUUCAGUUUUCCAGUACUGGCGUCACUUCAGCUUCUUACGAUGGGAGAUAAUAAAUGGAUGCAACUGAAUGUGAAGUGAAAAGCAGAAGGAUGUGUGUACUUUGAAAUGAAAUAUCUAUUUGCAGGUUAAAAAAAAUAAAUGCAUUGGAAACGUCUGGUAGAAAUUAAGAAUACCUAUUGUAUGCCACAAAAUAUGUUGGUAAAUAUGUUAUUUAGCACUGUAUACAUGGAUUUGUUAUCUUCAAGGAAAUGUUUAAUUUAUUUUAAUUGUACUUCCUCAGUACUGUUUCGUGUUACCUAGUGAAUUUCUAAUGUGAACAAUUCAAGCUUGCAAGUACAUAAUAUAAUAAUUUAUGUGCAGCUUCAGCUUUUGAGGCUUAAUUGCAUCACAUGUUGUAGCUGUUCCAUAGUUUCAAAUUACAAUGCAGUCAUGACCUUCAAGGUAAAGAUGAUGACUUUAAUGUAUACCAAAUUGUUGAAACAGCUUCACAUAUGAUGCAGAUAAAUUCUAAACAUGGCCACAAAAUCUAAGGACAAACCUAAGUUAGUUUGUUCCUAAAGCCUAGGUACAGAGUGAAAAAAUCUACCAGUAAACUAACAGUUUGGUGUCAUCACUGUAACUGGUAAAGUGAUUAUAAUGAAUGCAAGGAUAUAAGGAUUUGAGGUCAUUUCGAAAGCUUUCAAGUUUACUUAGGAUUGCUUAGAAAUGGAUAUAGUAACUGGCAAAGUGAUUAUCACCUGUGCAAGAAUUUGUGGUUUUCUUGACAGCCUGGAAGUAUUCAUAAAAGUUCUUAGAAGGGAAAUAAUGUUAACAUUUGGAAUGCAAAUAUUCUCUUAUUUAUUUGAUGUAUAAGAUGGACUGAAUUGCAGGAAAUCACUGAAAUGGCAAUUUGAACUUUUAAAGAUUUCAUGAAGAAUGUACACUGAUUUUUCCUGCAGAAGGUAAAGAGUUGCCUCAUUUACAUGCAUUUCAAACUUUACAGUUCAGUAAUUACUUGGGCUAAGAAUAAAAGUCUGCAUAUUUUCCCCACAUUGUCAAAGCUCACACUUACAAUACCUUUCCACAUGCUUUUUAUACAAUUUAGAAUUUGGAUUCAAAUACUUUCCAUGAUGUUCAAAGAGCAUCUGCGACUCCUUUUCCAAUUACAUCUUCAGUAUUAUUGUACCCAUUCUUUUAUGUAAAUACACAUACCUUAUCAUGGGAAUUGAUUAACAAGUUGUAAUUAAGCUAUAGAACUGUUGUUACUGCUUAUGAAGCAGAUUCAGACCUUUUUGAUGAACAUCUUUUAUGCUACAAAAACUCGUGGAAAUAAAAUUUGUGAUAUCUCCAAACUACCAUCUGUAAAUGCAAGAUGCUUUCUUUUGUUUCACAAGAACAGAAUCACAGUGCACUUUACUGUAACAUCCCAUCAUCAAGUAGGUAAUAAAUGGUAAACAUGCAUGAGUGGCACUGUCAUCUCCAUUGCAUGUUUUAAGAAAAGUCUGGGAACUACAAACCAUUAAUUUCAUUACAUCUGGCCUAUUCAUUAUAUUAAUUGGAACUAUAUUAUCCAUAAGUGAGAGAAAGUGAACCAAAAUCACUGGACACUUUUAUUAGAAAGUCUCCAUUUUGUGUCUGAAAUAUCACAGGAAGAACUUUAUUUUUUAAGUUCUUACUUCCACAUUCAUUGAACAGAAGUAGUCGCACACAUAAAAUCUAUAGGACUGUUCAAACUGUACAGUUGUGCAUGGACACAUGAACAGCCACUUUUCAGACUUCAGUGAAAUCUGGGGACUGAUUUUCUUAAUGCAGAAGUUAACCUUGUAACGGUUUCACACAUAUAAACAUUUUAAUUGCAGUGAACUCCCUGGUAUCUGGCAUGUAUGGGAAAUUGGGUGUGCUGGUUAUAUUAAUCUAAUGGUUACAUGAGCAGAACCUCUUACAGAUAUCCAAUAAAAAAGUUAACACAUUUUAAUUCUAGUUCUUGCAUGGGAGUCUUCCUAGGUGACACAGCUGACUUAUGGGUGAGGCUUUGGACACAUAAUGGGUUCAAAAAUUCAGCUAGCUUCUACGAUAAUGGCACCUGCAUGAGAGAGGACAAUGAGUAGUGUUGCUAUUGGCACCUUGGGGAACUACUACUUAGCAGAUGAACAUAAGCACAUGAAUUUGUUUUUAAAUAACUAUGAAAAUGUUGACUUUCUUUGAUAUUUUGCCAGUUGGAUAAGCAUUCUGUGUGGGAGUUUACUGUACUGUGUUUGAUUUUAAGUUCUUAUAGCAGUGACUGUAAAAUGCUAUCUUCUGAGAUGUAAUGCCAUGUAGUCUGGAACUGUUCUUGCCAGGCUUACUCUGUGACCCUGAAGACAGAAGAUGAAAGCAGCUUUUCCUCCAAAACUUAGGCUAGACUACACAAUGUUACAUCCCAAAACAGGGUACUCUUCUUGAAUUCUGAUCAGAUUAGAA